GUGGUCAAACGAGUCGCUCCUGCAGGAGGUACGCGCACGCACACACACACGCGUAUCCAAGCACGCGCGCGCGCACAGUCGCUGACUUGCGUCUUCUUGCAGUUCGCACCCGACGGUGCCGUUUUGCGUGAUUACGUCCCAGAAGGCGACUCUCGCUUUCCACGCGGCUUUGGCCAUUUAUUUUAUGUAUUUUUUUUUUUUUUUUUUUUGGACGUCUCAUUUCAGUGGAAGCCUGUCACCCCCCUCUAUUGUCAUUCUGCCUGGGGGGGGGGGGCCCCUCAACGUGGGACCGGCUUUAUGAAUAGGAUGCUAAGGUUCCCGCGCUGACUUUUGAGGAUCGUUCAUCCAGGAUUUUCUCUGCCCAGUUCUCGCUCGACCGUCCGCUGAGCCCAAAAAGGAAAAAAACGAGUCCGCCGUCAUGCCCAUCCUGAAGCAGCUGGUGUCGGGCUCGUCCCAGAAGAACCGGCGCUCCCGCACCGACCUGACCCGGGAGAUGAUCAGCGCGCCGCUGGGCGACUUCCGCCACACCAUGCACGUGGGCCGCAGCGGCGACGCUUUCGGCGACACCUCCUUCCUCAGCACGCGCUCGGGCGAACCCCCCGGCCAGACCGCCUCCUUCCCCGGCUCCCCCCGGCCGGGCCUGCUGUCGCGCACCUUCCGCAGCAGCAAACGCUCGCAGUCCACCACCCGAGUGGACCAGCAGCGAGAGAACCCGCUGGUCUCCGGUGGGUCGCCCACUUACGUGAAGAACGCCAUGUCUCUGCCCUUCCUCAACGACGGUGACGGAGGCGACGGCGCGGCGGCCAAGAGUCUGUCCCCGAGUCCUUUAAAGCAGCUCAUGGAAGGCGACGGCGGGGACGCCGCGUCCGCCGCAACCCACUUCCUGGAGCUGGAGGAGCGCCGUUUCGGGGAACCCGGCGAGCUCCCCGAGAAGUGGAGCCCCCCCGGAGGCGGAAUGAAGCACGCCGAGUCGGUCAUGUCCUUCCACGUGGACCUGGGCCCGUCCAUGCUCGGAGACAUCCUGGGCGUGAUGGAGAAGGAGGACGACGACCUCGGCUACGAGGAAGGCAAGAGCAGCGAGGGCCGCGGCUCCCCGACGCUCAACGCUCGGGAAGGAGACGACGACGACGGGAGGACGGAGGCGGCCGAGGCGGCGGCGGCGGCGGAAGCGCCUCACGUGAUCGAAAACGAGGCCCCGUACACCCCCCAGUGCACCCCGGAAGUCCUCCCCAAACACUUGCAGCACCUGGACAGCUCUUCCGUGUCCAGCUCGGGCUCGGCCGCCCUGGACGAGAAGGCCCACACGUACGCGGCCGACACGGACAGCGCCACCUUCAGCGCUCCGCCGGAAGAGGAAAGCCACUUCUCGUCUUUCUUGGACGACGACGACGAAGAUGAUGAGAUCCGCGUAUGAGGAACUCCGGAAUGUUGUUUACGUACGCAAGCGGCAUCCCCUGAGAGUGGACUUGGAUUGUGGGAAUCUUCUCGCCCUUUUGAAAGUGGAACAUUCCAGAAGAGGGCCACCAAUGACAGCUCGGAAAGGAAAUUUUCGUUUUUUUUCUUCCUCCCAGCAUCUCAUUUUUUCCCCCCUCCUCUCAUCACCACUGGACCGGCGGUCCGGUAUCUCCAUCCUCGGAAUAUAAAUGACGAGUGACGCUGAGCUGCCAGGCCCCCGUGUCGCCGCUUCCUGCUGAAUUCUUCACUUUUUUUUUUUUUUUUUUUUUUCCUGUCCGCCAGCUGCGCAUUUGUGACUGUAAACGAGAGCCUGAUGGUGGACGUUUAGAAUGAAGUGGAAGGCGAGCGCGAGUGCAAAAGCCAAGUCAGACUGUAUCGCAUUUCCUCAAAUGGAUGCCGCGUGCGUCGCGCCCAAUCAGGAUCCGGGACGGUGCUGUAGUUUUGGUUAGCAACAGCGUUUGAACCCGUCCGUGUGUGACUAAUUGCAUCCGUGAGUUGUUUUAUGGUGGAAAAUUGGAGAGGACAGCACGGUGUUCGCGUGGUUAAUCUAUCUGCCUGGCAGUCGAUUUUGUUUUUGGGUUUGAAUCUCAUUCAUCUUGAAUCCACAGCUUUUGCGAUUGUUUCUCAGUAAUUACAAUUUUUUUUAAAGUGCCUCCAUUGGGCCAAAGCCUGCUGAGAAUACAAAGUGGGAAAAACGCAGACAUCUGUUUGUGGGAGGUGUUUAUUUUCUCGGAAGUGCUUGGUAGUAUUGGACUUCAGGUCCACCCGGAACUGCUCAGCAGUCAGUCAAAAAAAAAAAAAAAAAAAAAAAAAACAACAACGUUUUAUUACUAUUUUCAAACACAGACAUUAGUUAACUGCCGAGACGAGUUGAACUCUGUUGCUAACCAAAACAGCAGCGCCCAACGAGGCAGGUAAAACGAGUAUUAAUGAUGAUGAUGAUGAAGAGACCCCACUUGUUUUGCUGAAUUUCUCCACCGUCGUCAUUUGGACGCCACGUUCACAAAAAUUGUGAUCAAACGAUAACAUUUUGCAAUAAUGCCCCCCCCCCACCGGCCGACCUCCGAUUUGGGGAGAUGCGCUGCGAGUUGUCACUUCCCGUCUUAAUAAUGAGCUUUAUUCACUGUCACUAACGGGCCCCAUUAAAUCCAAAUCGGCCACGAUUUGUUCUUAUCUGUGUUUGUUUUGUGAGUUUGCAAAAAGCAGCAGCAGGAAAGAUUUGGUUGCAACUUGUGGAGUCAUCGCAGCUCGACUGUUGCUUCAUCUUUCCAAAAAAAAAAAAAAAAAAAAAAAAAAAAAGGGAUUAGUUGCGCUGCGACCUGCCAAAAUGUCGUUAUUAUGAUCCCGGCAAAUUGAGUUUUGCCGGGAAAAGUUGGGAGACUUGUCACUUUCCAAAUAUGCUUUAGCUUCAAAAAGGAUAAUCACUAAAUAAUGGCAACACUAUCAGGUGGUUGUACGAUUUUGUUUUUGUGCGAAUGAGGGAUGUUUUUGUCUUUUUGCCUUAUUAUUGUUGUUUCCACUGUACAUUUACAGCUUUUUCCCCCUUAUAUUAGCCCAAAUAAUGUAUAUUUUUCAAUAAAAGAAUUUGUGAUCGUU